AGCAGUGGCGACGUGGGCUGGGCUCGAGCGGGCUGCGGCGCCUCAGACUCCCUGGAGCGGGAGCCCACGCGGGCGGGCGGGCGCCUGAAACAAAGGGAAACGGGAGUCGGGGCGCCGCUGGUGGGCGGUCAGUCGGUCAGCGCCGAGCCGGCCAGCUGGUGUCCGCGCAAGCCCUGAGCCUGGCCGGCCGGCACGGUUUCGGGGCGGAAAGAUGCCGCGCGUCGUGCCCGACCAGAGAAGCAAGUUCGAGAACGAGGAGUUCUUCAGGAAGCUGAGCCGCGAGUGUGAGAUUAAGUACACGGGCUUCAGGGACCGGCCCCACGAGGAGCGCCAGGCGCGCUUCCAGAAUGCCUGUCGCGACGGCCGCUCGGAAAUCGCUUUUGUGGCCACAGGAACCAAUCUGUCUCUCCAGUUUUUUCCGGCCAGCUGGCAGGGAGAACAACGACAAACACCUAGCCGGGAGUAUGUCGACUUAGAAAGAGAAGCAGGCAAGGUAUAUUUGAAGGCUCCCAUGAUUCUGAAUGGAGUCUGUGUUAUCUGGAAAGGCUGGAUUGAUCUACAAAGACUGGAUGGUAUGGGCUGCCUGGAGUUUGAUGAGGAGCGAGCCCAGCAGGAGGAUGCAUUAGCACAACAGGCCUUUGAAGAGGCUCGAAGAAGGACACGUGAAUUCGAAGAUAGAGACAGGUCUCAUCGGGAGGAAAUGGAGGUGAGAGUUUCACAGCUGCUGGCAGUAACUGGCAAGAAGACAACAAGACCCUAGUCCUGGUUCUAAUUUAGGUGGUGGUGAUGACCUCAAACUUGGUUAAUUAGUAGCACAGCAGAUGUGCAGUUCAUCUUUACAUACAUUGCUUCUAGUUGGUAGAAAUAAUCGAUUACAAGACCAGAAACUGUGAUAACUGGAGGUACUGCAGUCUUUUUCUCAACCUUAGGCAGUAACAGACAUCACAAACUGCCAUGGUUUUGCACUAUGAUUAUAAUACCUGCAUUUCUGAUUCUUCAAGCAUGUAGCCAGUAAUACUUUGGAAUUUUUUUCUAUGCAAGCUUAUCUUGUUGGCAUUAUUUUAGUGAGUUGAAACUAGCCACUUGUAAAGCCCUUUUUCUCUUCAUUGUAAUUUAAAAGUUCAUGUCAUUUAAAAACAGGUCAAGAAGUUAAAAUUUAUAUCAAAGGGUUUUUUUUUUUCCCUUAGUUGCUUUAAUUUUUUUGUACUUUUAGAUGUGUUCGUUAUACAGCUUUAUUUUAGAUAAGCAUUCUUGAGUUUUUUGUUUUGUUUCCCCCAUAUUCUUUUAUGUUUUUAUAGUCUAUUGCAUUUUAAAACUGCUGAUGUUUUGCAUUAUUUACAAGCUAAAAACCUAGUAGCAUAGAGCUGUCUGCCACAGCCUUUAACACAAAGUUUACAGUUGUUAAAAGUUGCAGUAUCCUUGUAAAAUACUAGUAAUCAGCACCCUUUGUUUACUUUUUAAACAAAAUUUUUAAAUCGGUAUUAACUCUGUAAUCAGCGCCAGAUCUGUUUUAGAUUGUUCUAUAGUCAUGAGUUUGGGUGGAGAUAUUCUCCAUAGAUGAUAAUAUUCUACUGAAAUGCCUAAAGAAGUCACAGGCUGGCUUCUGUUUUAUUCAGGGAUUUUUUUUAAAAGUCAAUCAGAAAAGGGAUACUGGAGCUUCUUUAUGUAUGUAACAGCAUGUUAAACUGGAGACAGUGAUGAAUCAGCUACAAAGGUAAUAUUGUAUUAAAAUCAUGUUUAAGAUAGCUGCUUUUAUGUGUAUUUUAUAUCGCAUGCUUUUGUAAAAACAAUGCUAGGUGAUGGAAAAUGAGUAGUGUUAGAGAGAAAAUGUUCAUCUGUGCAGAGGAUACAUUUUCUUCCAAUAAUUAUUCUGGAAAAAAACAUUCACCACUAUAUAUACGGUAUUUUCCAAAAGGACUAGUAAUAGAACCUUUUGAGAUGAAUUAGUGUAAGAAUAUUUUUUAAUAGGUUCAAUAUCAAAUUGAGUGCAGCUUUUUUUUAAUACAAGACUGGAAAAAAGUGCCAAGUCAUUUGGCACCUUCUUACAAAUAUUUUUCAUGGUCACAUUCAUUAAAUGUUGCUAAAUUUCUGAAUUUUUGCAAAAAUGUAUUUUAGCAUAAUAGAAUGGUAUUAUUUUAAAAGUUUGAGAAACUGACAUGGUCAGCGCAGGAAAAAAACUAAAGUCUGAAUGAGGUCAUUACAUUUAAAAACUGUAUCAAUUACUUGAUUGAUCAAGGAGGCGUGACUUUCAUUGUACAUAGGACUUAUGAUUCAUAAACAGAUAUCCUAUAUCUCAGAAUAAAAAUAACUGUUAUAUAUUUGAAGUCAUGCAUGGUAAGGAGUGUGUUUAAAUUGUUAUAAACAAUAAUACACCAUAAAAGGUCUUGCUGAUCUUCUGUGUCUAAGUCUUAUGAAUGAGUUUGGUUGGUAUUUGGUGUUGUGCAGUUCACAUGUUUACACACUCAGUGCCCCAAUUUCCCCUGAGGAAAUUGCCUUUUAAGUGGUCCUUACAGUGGUGUCUUAAGGUUACUUUAUUACAGAGCUCUUUGGUUUCUGACUUCUGCACUUAAUUUUUUUUUUUUUUUAAUAACAUGAUGGUACAUUUUUCUCUAUUGCUUCUAUCGAAGGGCUUUCAGUUUAUCAGUAAAUAAGAUCAAAUGUUAUUAAAUGUUUAUUUUGCCAUCGUUCUGUAAAUACUGAAUUUUUCUUAUCAUUUAGCACUGCUGCUUCUGUCUGUCUUAAUGCUGGCAUUAAGAUCAUGAGCCCUUUUCCUCCAAUACUGCAGGCUUUAAGACCUACUUUUAUUAAGUUAUUGAUGCAAUUUGAUAUUUUUCAUAAUCUCUAUUUAAAUGAAAUUACAUCGUUGCAUCAUCUUUUCUAAAUUCAUUUCCAAUUAAACUUGCUUUAAGCUACCAGAUUGCUUUUGUCACCAUUAGUCAUACUGUAUGUUGUAUGUUUAAUUUACUUUCACAAUAAACUUCGGUGUAGUGAAAACAAGGGUCUUGCUCUUUAUUGACACAAGUCAGCAAUUUCUGUUCUAGUGUUAGUUAUGACAUAAUCGUUUUUGUUGUUUCUGAAUGGUUCUUUGACCCUGCUUUUUAACCCUUUAAAAAAAAAAAAAAACAACGACAGUGUCAUCUAGUGGUCAUUUCUGCUCAUUCCAAAGAAGGCCUUUACUUUAAUGUAAACGUUAUAAAAAAAAAAAAAAAUUUUUUUUUUUUUUUUUAUAAAGGGUACUAAUUUCCCAAAGUGCAUUAUGGUUUUCAAAAAUCUGGCUUGAUUUACCCACCCUAUGAGGUAUGACUAUAAAGUAGUGACCUUGUCAGGGAGGAAGAAUUCCAAAAAUUACAUAUCUAAAUUAGUACCAUCUUUCCAUUAUUUAUUUUAAGAAUAUACACUUUUGUUUGUGUGUGUGCUGGUGUUACUUCAAACAUUCUUAGGACUUUUGUUGAAAAUUAAGCUUUUUACUUAGAAGCAUGCUUUAAGCUUGGUCCAUAAUUGAACAAGUUUACUUGUUACUCACCACCAAACUUACUGUAAACAACAAAUAGCUUUAAAUGCUGAAUUGGCACCAUUAUGGAAAAUAAUAAAAGAAUGAGGUGCCUCCUUUGACAGUGCGACAGGGGAGCUUUUCAAGUCAUAAGCUCCAUUGUAUUAAUAUCCCAUUGUUGCACAACAACUUCAAAACUUAGCAGCUUAAUACAAUUUAUUAUCUCACAAUUCCUGUUGGUCAGGAAUCCGGAAGUAGCUAAGCUCAGUGGCGCUGUGGUUCAGGGUCCCUGAUGAAGUUAGAGUCAAGUCGUAACCCAGGGAUAGGUAGUCUCAAGGCUUGACUGAGUCUAAAGGAUCUCUUUCCAGACUCACUCAUGUGGUCGUUGGCUGGCCUCUGUUGCUUGAAGACUGUUGGACUAAAGGCCUCGGUCCCGCUUGCUGGCUAUUGACCAGAAACAUCCUUCAGUUCCUUGUCAUGUGGGUCUCUGAAGGGCAUCUCUCAGUGGCGGUAGAUGGCUUCCCCCAGAAUAAGUGACCCAAGAGAAAGAGUGCGUGCCUGAUAUGAACAACAAAGUCUUUACUAACCUAAUCUUAGAAGUGGCAUACAUGACUUCUGUCACACGUUAGAAGCCGGUCACUGGAUCUGGCCCACUGCAAAAAGGGUGUGACGGCAGCAUCAGACCUCCUCUAACUUCAGGGGGAGGAGAGAGAAUUACAAUCAGCAGCAGCCCAAGGCUGACGCCUGUGAGGUGGAGGUAUCCCUCCCAAGGCACCCUCUCCUGGGUUCAGUAAUUUGGUGUAGUGGCCACCCAGAACUCAGAGACUAUACUCACAGUUCUGGGGUUUAUUAGGGAAGUAAGAGGUUACAACUUGAGAUCAGGAUCAGGAAGCAUGUAGGCAAAGUCUCCCUUCUUCAGUGCAGGACAUCCCUCUCAGCUCCUCUCAGCCACGCAAGUCUCCUCUCAGCCCCCUCAGAACAGGCUGGCCUCAGCCCUUAGCCUCGCUUGGGCAUGGCCUCUGCCACGCUUGGGCAAGUGUUAAAAAACUCCUUAGCUUUGCCAAAAAGUGCCCAGAGGCACCCCGCUACCCGAAGGCACUCAGCUGCCUCCUCUUUGGCUCAGCAACCCUAGCUGCUGACAAGUGCCUGAAGGUACCCCACUCCAUUAGGAAACCUUCUGCCCAAAGGUGUUCGCUUCUCUUGCUGCAUGGGUUGGCAAGCCUAGCUCUGCUGACAAGUGCCCAAAGGCACUCAUUUCACCAGGAAGCCUCCUUCCAGAAGGUUCUCAGCUCUCUCACCCUGUGGGUCGGCAUACCCACUGUAGCCACAUUGCUCUAUGGGCCAAGAAGCCCACCGUGCUGUCUAGCUGGUCUCCUGGUUCUGUUGCCACAAUUUCUCUGCUUCUCACUGUCUUGCGCUAUCUCCCAUGUUACAGCACUCUCUGUCCCCUGGGAACCCUAAUGAGAGGACUGGUCAGUUUUGCCAUCCCGCUAGGCUUAAAAAGAGAGUCAAUCCCAGAGCAGAGGAGGGACCUCACUCCCUGGGUCUAGGAGGUUCUCAGCACGGGGACCGCAGGUCCAAAGGACGUGCUCCACUUCUGGCUCUUCUUCUUUGGUGGUAAAAACGGCCGUGUUAAGUAAUUCACUAUACUACACCCACACUCAAAGCGAGGAAUAUUAAAGUUCAUCUCUUGAAGGGAGGGAUGUCAGAAUUUAUGGACAUAAAUUUUAACGCACCACAGCCAUAUUACAAAGUCUGUAUAUAUUACUGAGUAUAUAGCGCUGUUUUGAUCCCCCAAACAUUUUUUACAGGUAAAAUUAAAUCAUUUUCAGGCAGCUUUCAAGACAUGAUUCCCCAUAGAUAGCAUCAGUUUCCUUUCUUGAAACACCACCAUGUAUAUGUAUCCAAAAAAAAAAAAAAAACCAGUGUUGGCUUAAAUAUAAAAUAUUCUGAAACAGUUAAAUCACUAUUAGUCAACUCUCAGUUUUUGGUUAGAACAAUUUAAGCAAGUUGCUUAAAGGUCAUUAUUGGCCUUAUUCAAGUUUCAAAAACAUUGGGAAAGCUCAUUUUGGUUAUAGUGAGUGAAUUGGAGGGAACAAGACUGGAAGCGGAGACUUGGUCCCACUGAUCAUGUGGUAAUCCAGUAGAGAGGAUUAAGAGUAGCCUAGUGGGCAUGUGUUUUAGUUACUUAGUGCUGCUGCUAUAACAGAAAUACCACAAUUGAGUGGCUUUAACAAACAUUUAUUCUACAGUGUAGGAGGCUAGAAGUCUGAAUUCAGGGUGCCAGCUCUAGGGGAAGGCUUUCUUUCUCUGUCAGCUCUUGGGGAAGGUCCUUCCCUCCUUUCAAUAUUGAUGGGCCUGACACUCCUUGGAAAUCUCCAUGCGUCUUGGCAUCAGUUGUCCCCUUGGUCUAGGAGCUUCUCAGUGCAGGGACCCCAAGUCCAAAGGACAUGCUCCAUUCUUGGGUCUUCUUGCUUGGUGGUAAUGAGGUCUCUCUCCUUUCUACUAUAGGGUCACUGUGAGUCAAGAUAGACUCAACGGCAACAGGUUUGGUUUUUUUUUUUUUUUUUCUUCUCUGCUAGCUUCUCUCUUACACCUCAAAAGAGAUUACUCAAUAUACAACCUAAUCCUGUAGAUUGAGUCCUGCCUCAUUAACAUCGUAGAGGUUAGGAUUUACAACACAUAGGAUAAUUACAUCAGAUCACAAAAUGGUGAACAACACACAAUACUGGGAAUCACGGUCUAGCCAAGUUGACACACAUUUUGGGGGGACACAAUUCAAUCCAUAACAGCAUGGAGGUAGUCCUGGUGGCACAAUGGUUAAGCACUAAACUGCUAACUAAAAGGUCGGCUCGACCUCACCAGCUGCUCAGUGGGAGAAAAGACCUGGCAAUUUGCUCCCAUAAAGAUUACAGCCUAGGAAACACUAGGGUCACUAUGAGUUGAAAUCAACUUGACGGCGAACAACAUUAACAGUGGGUGUGAAGGAAUUUCAGACCUGAGAAAAAAGAACAGGAUAGGCUAGUUUUAUUGCCUUAAAACACCAGAAAUUUCAGUGGCUUACAACAAAGAUGUAUUUCAUGUGCUACAUACCCAUCAUUGGGUGACCUAAGCUGACGACAGUUAAUGGAAUGUUGCCUGCCAUUUUGACAGAGCCAAGAAGAUAGUGUAUAAAAAGGGGCACUGACUAUUAAAACUGUCACCUAAAGCUGACACAGGUGACUUCUGUUCACAUUUCAUUAGACCAAGUAAGUCAUCGGCCCACAUCCAGUUUCACCUGGUCAGGGAACUGCAGGCCUACCUUUUGCCCAGUUGAGAGUCAUAGAAUUUGUGAAUAGCUCUAACGACUGCCACAGUUUACCCUUUCCAUUAAAUGAUUCACUCUCCUUCCUUCAGGAACAUAUACUUAGGGGAGACAACCUACAAGUGCCAGCCAGUCAGGCACUGAGCUGACAUUCUAGGAUUUGUGGUUAUCAGUCCCUUAUACUGCCAGUAUACAUACAAUGGUGGACCAGAGACAGGGAAACUACAGAAACACUUCCAUUCAGAAAGGGGAAGAAUGCAAUCACUGGUCUAACAGUUACGUGAUGCCAUUGGGGAGGCCAUCUGAGGGCCCUCCACCCUGAGAUGGGAGUGUUCUUUUAAGGCCUCACAGUCCACUGUUUUCCAUGACCCUUAGCUCCAUCCUUUUCAUUCCUGCUUCCAAAAUGGCUGGCUUGCUUUUCUUUUUGUUUUUUUUUUUUUGCUUUUGUUAGAAGUACCUUGACAAACACAGCCAAUAGUAACUUGGCACAUUUCCUGCCUUCCAAGUUAUUACAUGUGACGGUUUUACCAGAAGGAUAGACAUCCUUCUAGCCUUCGGUGUCAGUUUCUCCGGUCACUUCCCUGUCAGUGAUACCACCAUUCAUCUAGCUACCCAAGCUGGAAACCUAAGCGUCUUUAUUCUUGACUUCAUACUCCCUCAUCUCCCACAUCCAGUCUGUAUAUCCUGCCAAUAAGUUCUAUCAAGUCUCUGUCACUGUUAGAUUUUUUUCAAAAUGACAGUAACACAAAGCAUUUACCUAUAAACCAGACAUUCAGCGGAAUCCUAACACACCUUCGAAGUAUCAUGAUCAUUCCCAUUUUACAAAUAAAACUAAGGCAUGGAGAAGUUAAGCUACUUGUUGAAGGCACAAAGCUGUUAAGUGGCAAAACUGAAAUUCACAUUCUCAGUCCAUGCUAUUAGGCAGUAUGCUCUAACCUGAGGCUGUCCCUGCAUUUCUCCCUUGGACUGCUUUGAUAAAUACCUGUCCCCCCUAUAUACACUCUUAGUAAUCCACCAGCAGCCACUGAAUAUUUCUGGACAUUUCCACCCUCAGUUUGGGUGAAUGGCAGGUUGCUGACAUUCUCCUGAGUUGAUCUACUCCGCUGAGAUACCUCCUACAGGGCUUUGGCCUUCUCCUACGUUGGACACCCCCCCUUCCUCCUUUACUGUUCCCAGUACCGCCAUCUCAAAGCUGUCACUCCUGACCCUGACAAAAACCUGUGCGGAUCAUCUUUAAACCAAAGAUUUGGGUAUAGCAAAAAUAAAGAUAAUCCUUUGUCUUUUGACAUAUUUUGUGUAUCUUUACAGAAAUGUUUUCUCUUGGGUGUGUUUUUACAGAAAGGGUGUCAUACCAUAUACACAGUCUGCACCUGGCAUUUUUCUCUUAAUGUACCUUGGAGCUCCUUCCACACCAAUAUAUAGGACAUACUUCAUUUUAAAAAUGUAUCCUAUUAUCAAAGGAGAAUGAAGAACACCAAGGACACAAGGCAAUUACGAGCCCAAGAGACACAAAGGGCCACAUGAACCAGUGACUACAUCAUCCUGAGAGCAGAAGAACUAGAUGGUGCCCGGUUACAACCGAUGACUGCCCUGACAGGGAACACAACAGAGAACCCCUGAGGGAGCAGGAGAGCAGUGGGAUGCAGACCCCAAAUUCUCAUAAGACCAGACUUAAUGGUCUCACUGAGACUAGAAGGACCCCCGUGGUCAUGGGCCCCAGGCCUUCUUUUGGCCCAGGACAGGAACCGUUCCCCAAGCCAACUCUUCAGACAUGGUUUGGACUGGACAAUGGGUUGGAGAAGGAUGCUGGUGAGGGGUGAGCUUCUUGGAUCAGGUGGACACUUGAGACUAUGUUGGCAUCUCCUGCCUGGAGGGGAGAUAAGAAGGUGGAAGGGAUUAGAAGCUGACAAAAUGGACACGAAAACAGAGUGGAGGGAGAGAGCGUGCUAUCUCAUUAAAAAAAAAAAAAGGGAGCAUAAUUGGGAGUGUGUAGCAAGGUGUAUAUGGGUUUUUGUGUGAGAGACUGACCUGAUUGUAAACUUUCACUUAAAGCGCAAUAAAAAUUAUUUUUAAAAAAAUGUAUCCUGUUAUACAUACCAGAGUUUAGUUAGCUACUUCCCUACAGAUAGACAUCUCAGUGACCCAGUUCUGUUGUCUUGGCAUAUGAUGCUGCAGUGGACAUCCUUCUCCAUGUUUGUUGUAAUACCAGUAGCAGUGAUUGCAGUUUGAUAGAUUCCUACCAAGCCAAUUUGAGAAUUAAGCAUGUCACUCCGUCCCUGAUAAAAAAUCUUCCUCUAGGGGGCAAUGUAUGGAAAGAACUUGGGUUCUGUGCGUAGGACCAAGGGAACCUUAGGCAACGUUUUUAACCUCUCUGGGCCUAUAAAGUGGGUUAUAAUCUCACUCAGGAUUGUUAGUGAGAAUUCGAAGAAACUACUAUGAAGGCCUGGCACCAGAGAAAGCUUCGCCUGCCUUUUAUUUUCAGGGCGCCCCAGGGCUCGGGCCAAUAACUCAGGCUGAACAGGCUAGAGGAGUCCUUCCUCCCACUUACAGAUGAAAAAUUGAGCGCAAAGAGCCCCAGGAGUUUGGCCAACACCAUACAACGUUGGGCGGCAAAGCUGUUUUGGCUGCUGCGGGAGACCUCCUUCGGAUCUUGGCCCGAGGGGGAUGUGUACAUUUGGAUGGUGUCAGACUGGAGGUCUGGCCAGAGCCACUUCUAUUCACACACACACACACAGACACACGCACACACAUACACACACACUGCACUCGUGCGCUCGAGCACAUUCAUCACUAGUGUUCAGCUCGAUCUGCCUUCCACUGGCGUGGGGAGUCAUUCCUCAACAACCAGAAGCAGCGGUAGCCGGCUUCAGUCCCGACCCCAAGUGGAACUCUGCGUGCUUCCUCCCGGCUGGGCCUCAAACGAUGCGCCCUCGGGACUCGCCUUUUGGGCCCAGUGAGUGCAGGUGGGACGCUCGAAUAGACUGCAAAUCGGUGUUACGUGGCCGUGUGGUAUAUGUUGCGUGGUCUACACAUCGUUGUGUAGACGUGUGGAACGUGUGCGCUGUGGUGUACAGAUGUGGGACACAUGGAGUGUAGUACUCCUCGCUCCUACAGCGCCCGCCCCUCCCGAGGCUGCAACGCUGCCUCUCUCAGCCUUUCGCUGCGACGGUCACUGCGGCCUGAUCCGGAGCUUGCGCGUGCGCGACUCCGCCUUAGGGCUCCUCCCCCAAAAUAGAAAUCCCGCCUUAGCCCCGCCCCGUCACGCUUUACGGCCCGGUACGCCACUUUUGCCGCAGUUGCUGCUGCCGCAGCUACUGCUCCUGUUGCCGCGGCUGCUGCCGGUGAGGUGAAGUGAGGUGAGCUGCGUUGUUGGGUUGGUGCCCCCGCCGCCGCCUGGAGAGGAGAACAGGGCCACCGUGGGCUGGCGCGGGGGACGGGUUAGUCGCUGCUUUGUCUUCUCAGCUCCUGUUAGUCUACGUUGCCGCAGGGAGGCCGCCCCGGCCCGGCUAGCCGAGCCAAUGCUGGAUCUGGAGGUGGUACCUGAACGUUCUCUCGGGAACGAGCAAUGGGAAUUCACGCUGGGUGAGUUUGGGGUCUUCCCAUAGGACCCCGUUCCCUGAGCCUUACCUCUCUCCGGGCCCUUGCCUGGGCCGGCCCUUCCUGCCUCUCGUGUCUGCCUGGUACGCCCCUGCGCCUUGCAGCUUCUGUCCGCUUGGCUCUUUGGGCUCUAGGCGCCGGGUGCCGCUUCCAACAGGCCCGACUCGCCAUUCAGUCGCCCCAGCCCGGGCCCUGACGCCUUCGCCUCGGGCCUCAUCAGAGCUUCUUCUGGGGCGAUGGAACAGUAGUAAGAAUAAUAGUGCUGACACGCCCCAAACGCUCGGUGCUUGGCCUUGUUUCCUAGAGCCUAAUUAUCUCAAGUAACCCUCGAGGGUCGGCACGAUUGUCAUUUUUAUUCCAGCCUACAGAUUAAAUAAAAGUGAGAACUGGCCGACACCACAGUGGGCUGUCUCCUGCUUUUCCGGCCUUAGGUUGUCUUUUUGGAAGGGGAAACCUAGUCUCCGAGCCUGUAAUCAGCCGGUGUGGAUCUGUCAAGGGAGUGGAGGACUUUGCCCCCUCCUCUUUUGAAGUAUGGUCAGUGUGUGAUAUGGUGUAAUCCUUAACCCGUACUUUAGCCGUGAGAGUUAAAGGUUGAAUGAAAUAAGAAUUCGUGGGAGGAAACAUAUUUAGUUUGUACAAAAUGCAGUUUCGUCUUUUUUUUUUUUUUUGGUUUGUUGACCCAGCUUUCCUCCUUCACCCCUCCCCAUCCCAUCCUCAACGUCACUACUAGUGUGUACAAGGAUGUUAGCACUCAGUAACUCCAGUGUGUGUUUACUUUGGUGUUCUAGCACUAGGAAAAGGGGAUGGGGAGCAGUGUUGGUGCUACUUGUUUGUUCAGGCCUGAACUUCUGUUACACCAGUGUGGGCUGUGGGACAGUCAGCUGCACUAUAGCGCAAUAUAGCUUAUAUUCUAAUUUAGAAGAUUCCUGUUUAUGGAGGCAGUGCGGAUUGCUAGUAGAGCCUUGCUGGUGCUCAGUGACUCCAUGAAUUAAACUAUAUGCCUCGUGCGGGUUGUAAGAGGUAGUUUUAUUCAGGGUAUCUUAGCCAACUUCUCACAUAAUUUAAACCACUCCUGUAGGGUUUUUCCCAAAAUUUUAACCAGUAUGAGAGGUUCCAGCCUCUAGUGAAGCACCUAGAGCUUGAGUUGAGAGGCUGGUGAUAUCUUUGCCUCCAGGCCCAUUAAUCACAUUGGUGCUGUUUGGCUUCUAGGUAACUUCUUUCCUCCCCGUCCCUUGACAGUUCUGCCUAUGUCUGGACCUCACAGGGCAGGGUGAGAACCACAACCAUAGCUUCAAACUUUGCUUGGUGGUGUGACUAGGUUGUGGAUCUCGUGGUACAAACAUUCAGAGUUCCUUGGCUAAAAAUAGUGACUAUGAUACAGUUGAGACCAGGAUUUCCAGAAAACUAGGUGGGAAAGCAGUUUCUCUGCCAAAUGUUGUUUUGAGGCCUUAACUCUCACUCCUAACUCUGUCAGUUUCCAGGAAUCAAGGGUUUGGGAGUUCUAGCACCCCAAAUCAGUGGGAGGAGUAUUUCUGUAAAUUGGAUGCAGAAUUGAACUCUGAGGGAAAGUUCAUAUAGGGACCUGAGUCUUGAUGAUUCCCUUGUGGGUCUUAAAAUCUGCAUUUUUAAAGGGUGUCUGCCUGAAAGCUUGUGGUCAUUUAACUUGUCAUUUUCCAUCUCAAUCUCUCCUCACGGGCCAACACAUCCAAAUUGCUGUCAGGUGGUGAUAGGUCUAGGAAGUGAAUCUGUGCUUCAGAAUCAUGUUCUUUGGCUAGAGAACCAGGCAGUGCUCACCUCGGGUCACCACAGCUCUGUAAGGUAGAUACUACUAUCUAUUUGCUAGAUGAGGAACAGGCUCAGAGAGGUAAAGAUGACAUACAAAGAGAUGAGCAGAGUUCCUCCUUCCCAUUGCUCUUGGUGACUGUACACAUGGACCUCGCCAGACGGAUACACAGGAAUCAAAUUGACUACAUCUAUGGAAAGAGACGAUGGAAAAUCUCAAUAUCAUCAGUCAGAAUAAGGCCAGGGGCAGACUGCAGAUCAGACCAUCAGUUGCUCAUAUGCAAGUUUAAGUUGAAACUGAAGAAAAUUAGAACAAGGUGACGAGAGCCAAAGUACGACCUUGAAUGUAUCCCACCUGAAUUUAGAGACCAUCUCAAGAAUAGAUUUGACAUGUUGAACACUAAUGACUGAAGACCAGAAGAGUUGUAGAAUGACAUCAAGGACAUCGUACGUGAAGAAAGCAAAACAUCAUUAAAAAGACAGGGAAGAAAGAAAAGACCUAAAUGGAUGUCAGAAGAGACUCUGAAACUUCCUCUUGAAUGUCAGGUAGUUAAAGCAAAAGAAAAAAAUGAUGAAGUAAAAGAGCUGAACAGAUGAUUUCAAAGGGCGGCUCGAUAGACAAAGUAUUAUGAUGACAUGUGCAGAGACGUUUAGAUAUAAAACCAAAAGUGAAGAACACGCUCAGCAUUUUUCAGGCUGAAAGAACUGAAGAAAAAAUUCAAGCCUCAAGUUACAAUACUGAAGGAUUCUACAGGGAAAAUAUUAAACGACGCAGGAAGCAUCAAAAGAAGAUGGAAGGAAUACACAGAGUCAUUACAUCAAAAAGAAUUAGUUGAUGUUCAGCCAUUUCAAGAGGUGGCAUAUGAUCAGGAACCAAUGGUACUGAAUGAAGAAGUCCAAGCUGCUCUGAAGGCAUUGGUGAAAAACAAGGCUCCAGGAAUUGAUGGGAUAUCAAUUGAGAUGUUUCAACAAACAGAUGCAGCGCUGGAGGUGCUCACUCGUCUAUGCCAAGAAAUAUGGAAGACAGCUUCCUGGCCAGCUGAUUGGAAGAGAUCCAUAUUUAUGCCUAUUCCCAAGAAAGGUGAUCCAGCCGAAUGCAGAAAUUAUCGAACAAUAUCGUUAAUAUCACAUGCAAGCAAAAUUUUGCUGAAGAUUAUUCAAAAGUGGCUGCAGCAGUAUAUCGACAGGAAACUGCCAGAAAUUCAAGCUGCAUUUAGAAGAGGACGUGGAACCAGGGAUAUCAUUGCUGAUGUCAGAUGGAUCCCGGCUGAAAGCAGAGAAUACCAGAAAGAUGUCUACCUGUGUUUUAUUGACUGUGCUAAGGCAUUCGACUGCGUGGACCAUAAUACUAUAGAUUACAUUGCAGAGAAUGGGAAUUCCAGAACACUUAAUUGUGCUCAUGAGGAAUCUGUACAUGGAUCAGGAAGCAAUCAUUUGAAUAGAACAAGGGGAUACUGCAUGGUUUAAAGUCAGGAAAGGUGUGUGUCAGGGUUGUAUCCUUUCACCAUGCCUGUUCAAUCCAUAUGCCAAGCAAAUAAUCCAAGAAGCUGGAUUACAUGAAGAACGGGGCAUCAGGAUUGGAGGAAAACUCAUUAACAGCCUGUGUUAGGCAGAUGACACAAACUUGCUUGCUGAAAGUGAAGAGGACUUGAAGCACUUACUGAUGAAGAUCAGAGACCACAGCCUUCAGUAUGGAUUACAACUCAGCAUAAAACGAAAAUCCUCACAACUGGCCCAAUAAGCAGCAUCAUGAUGGAGAAAAGAUUGAGGUUGUCAAGGAUUUCAUUUUACUUGAAUCCACAAUAAGCACCCAUGGAAGCAGCAGUCAAGAAAUCAAGACACAUUGCUUUGGGCAAAUCUGCUGCAAAAGACCUCUCUCUUUAAAGUGUUGAAAAGCAAAGAUGUUACCUUGAGGGCUAAGGUGCACCUGAUCCAAGCCAUGGUGUUUUCAGUAGCCUCAUAUGCAUGUGAAAGCUGGACAACAAAUAAGAAAGACUGAAGAAGAAUUGAUGCCUUUGAAUUGUGGUGUUGGUGAAGAAUAUUGAAUAUACCAAGGACUGCCAAAAGAACAAACAAAUCUGUCUUAGAGGAAGUACAACCAGAAUGCUCCUUAGAAGCAAAGGUGGCAAGACUACAUCUCACAUACUUUGGACAUGUUAUCAGGAGGGAUCAGUCACUGGAGAAGGACAUCAUGCUUGGUAAAGUAGAGGGUCAGUGAAAAAGAUGAAGACCCUCGAUGAGAUGGAUUGACACCGUGGUUGCCACAAUGGGCACAAGCAUAGCAACAAUUGUGAGGAUGGCGCAGGACCAGGCAGUGUUUUGUUCUUUUGUGCAUAGGGUUGCUAUGAGUCGAAAUUGACUCGACGGCACUUAACAACAGCAACAUUGCUCUUCACUUCUGCAGGUGGACCCAGUUUCUACAGAUUUCUUUUUCAUGAUCUGUGUAAAUGCAGAUUUGGCCCUUGCCAUUAACUGCCUGGCAUCACAACGGGGAGCUACGUCCAGUUUUUUGGCUAUCUUCGUAUCCUUAGUGUAAUGUUGGGAGAUGAGGGAGAUGCCAACAACACAGGGACAGGAAAGCCUAGGCCAAGUAGAAUCUCUGAGAAUGCCACUGAUGGUUUGACCAGAGAUGGGGUAAAAGCAGUGCAAAUUUGCAAUCAUGUUUUCACUGACACUUAGAGAAUGUUUUGGUGUCUAACAGCCUAUGGAAGCAUGUCUCUAAAUUUCUGUUUUUGAAAUUAGUCUUAAAAAUGCCCAAAGAAGGUAGACACUGGAGAAUAACCUUCUCCGAGAUUACCUUGUUCCACAGAGACUGAAGGCAGUAUGUACCUCUUUGGAUUCUGUUUAUAAAUACUAAAACUUGAAUGAGAAAUGGUCCUUUGCCCUGAAGAACUUAGUCUAAUGGGAGGGAGUUAUUACAGAAAUAGUUCAUUUUGUCAUAAUCAGGUAGAGGUUGUAGGGUUCUGUGGAAGGAGAGAGGGUACUUAACCCGACCUGUGGGUUUAGGGUGAGCUUCCUGUCAACCCACGGGAGCCUGUAGUCCUAUUUCUGGAGCCAGUGAGCACCAACAGGGCCCUACCAGAAGACUGCACUGGAGUUUCUCAUCUGCACUGUCUCCACAGACUUAAGUCUUCCAGUCAAGUAAAACAGAAUAGUGGGAAAGCUAGAUGGUGUGUACAGGGAACUCUAAGCAGUUUGGUCUUAUAACUAGAAUAUUAUGUACUGGCAGAAGAAGAAAAUAGGUUUCUCAUAGUCCCAAUUCUGUUUGGUAGUAGCUGUUUAGGACACUGUUGAGGAGUCUCAGGGUUCAGUGGAAAAGAGAAUAUCUUCUAGUAAAGUCUGUUGUAGGCAUGGGUUUAGAAAGAACAAUUUGGAGACUGGGUUUGGAAAGAUGGGGAAGGAGGAGAAAUCUAGAGGUUUCUGACUUGAGUGACUGGGUAGACGGUGGGAGGUGAUCUGUCAACUUUUAUUUGUCUGUAGAUAUAGACAGAAAACAGAUUGAGAUUUGAGUUGGAAACUAGGUGAUCGUUUGAAUGAGGCAUGGGCAGAAGAUAGCCUAUCA